AUGGGGCGCAAGCCAAACGGAAUCGUUUCCGAAUUCUUCCAUCGCGGUGCCAAACUCGCGGACUCGAGCAACCGUUACGAACACACCUGCAAGUCCUGCGGACAAGAUUUCCCCAAAGGCCGCACUGACAGCCUUCUCAGUCAUUUGGUGAAGACUUGCCAGGCCAUUUCUGUUGCGGAUAAACAGCGUGUGCUACAUCUCUGGCGAGCGGGACCUGAACGCGGAGGACGAGGGAGUAGCGGGAAGAAGCUGCAUGUAAAUGGAGAUGGACGCAUUGGACGUGGGAAGCCUGGGAGCUUGCCAUAUGUAGGGAGGCAGACGGUUUUCAACGGGAUUGGUGGUGGUCUUAAUGGACUUAAUGUUCUUGCGGAAGCAUCGAGACAGGUCGGCGCCUCGGAUGGGAAGCAUCCCAAUAACAAUAACGAAGAGGGGGGAAAUCCUUUAGGAGAGAAGCCGAUUGUAGUAGAUCCGGCACUGGAAACCUCCAGCGCAGGGAAACAGCGAAAUAUCGAGGCUGACCUUCGCGCCGCACUUGCGACGUCCUCUCCGCCGCCUAACCCCUACGACACCCAUUCGGCAGAAUCAUCGACCGCCAUGGCGUUCCUUAAUAACAGUUUCUCCCUUGCUGGCGAGCAUACUCCUGACCCCGGACAGUCCUCACAACUCUCGUUGAUUGCCGCAUCUGCGAAUGAGAUGGUCCCGCAGGAUGGAGGCCUGUCUCUAGAUAAUGAUGUGGACUUCAACUCUGAUACUCAUCAUGCCGCCUUUUACCCUCGACCUAUUGCCAUACAUGCGAGCCCACAGGACUCCUCUGGGUUCAUCAAUAAUUUUGGCGAAACUAGCAAGCCAAUGAAACAUAAACUUAGAGCGCAGUUCUCAGAAGAGCGUCGAAAGGAAGUCCAAUUGGUCAGGAAAAUGGGCGCUUGUUUACGAUGUCGGAUGCUGAAGAAAACUACAAUGUCGGGCAAUUCAACAUCCUCGAGCCUUCACACGACAUUGGCUUAUCACGACAUUACCAAAGUCAAAAGCCAGCUUUCCUUUGACCUUGGGAUGGGGAGAAUUGAGAUAUUUCACUUUGAUAGCCAACCCCCCAAAUUCAUCACCUUCAGUGCCCUACACCACCAGGUAGAGCCUAUUCAACACGUAGAUCCUGAUCUUCCUGGGGUCACGGCCGACGAAAGGCCAAGAGUUCAAGCGCGGCAAGACAUCCGUAUUUUAGAAGGAGAUAUCGACGAGCUAUCUACGAAAGUGGAGGCUUAUAUGAAAACAAUGGCUGUUCAGUAUUUCGAAUCGGAGCCGUCUACUUUUAUCAGAGAAUCCGUUACUUUGUCUUGGGAGCUAUACCAGAACACAGCUGACCAAUUACUAGCCGGGGUGUUAGACCUUUGGAUUGCAACUCGAAUCCUUGUGGAUACGGAACAACUAAAAUGGAAAAUAUUCCUUAACCCAACUCUCCCACCAUCUUCCACCCAACCAAUAUCUUCAACUUCCACAGAACUCUGCGUCGCCAUCGACGAAACAAAUUACCCAAACUCGUAUGCUCUAAUCUGUGCCCAAAUGCGUGCCGCCACAGAGAGAUUUGCAGGACGAAUUAGCAAGGUUGUUCUCACUAAAAUCGAGCAGCGGCUACUUCAAAAACAACGCAGUGGGCACUUCCGCACGUUUCUAGGUGCCGUUGUAUUGAUGAAUUGUGUUGAGCGGAUGGCGUGGCUGUUCAGAAAAUGGGAGAGUAAUGAGCAGGAUAGGCAGCAGUGGCCACUCGAAAGUGGACCCGCCAUAUACGCAGACCAAAACAAUCGAUUUGCCGAUAUUGUCACCACCCAUCUCCGCAUGCGCUCUCUAGCCCCGGACUGCACCUUAGAUCCUGAAACGGGAAGCCUAAAGGCUGGUUACAGCAGCGAUCCAGACGUCACCAAAUGGUUCAAUGCGAUCAGUAUUUCGCCUGAAUUCUUCCAAGAACGGCAAAGGGAAGAAUUCGAUGCCUCAAAUCCACGCUCUUUUGACUUGCUGUACUGUACACAGCUGUUCCGACCGGCCAGCGCUUGA